UCCACCAGAGAGCGCGAGGAGAAGGAGAAGGAGAAGGAGAAGGAGAAGAGAGAAAGCUAGCAAGAGGAGCUUGAAUCACGGUAAUGGCUGCUCCAAUCUCCUUCAUCUCAACCCUUCCAUCACUCCUGGCUUGGCCUCCCCAGCCUUCUUUCCCUCUGCUCCCCCACAAACGCACCAAUGGUUCAUUUGUUUGCCAUCAAUCAAUGGAUGAAUCCCAAAUCUCUAGUGGAGGUUGUCUGAUUAAGAGAAGAGAUUUGGUCGGAUGCUUUGGUGCCGCUAUGACUGUGGAAGUGAUAUCAAGUUCAGGACCAUUUACAGAAAGAGCUAUGGCUGCUGAUUUGAUUCAGCGAAGACAGCGUUCUGAAUUCCAGUCAAAAGUAAAAGAAACCCUUUUCACAGCUUUAAAGGGAUACCCAGAGCUCCUUCCAUCCAUUCUGACUCUUGCGCUGAAUGAUGCUAUGACAUAUGACAAGGCUACAAAAUCUGGAGGUCCAAAUGGAUCAAUUCGGCUGAGGUCUGAGAUUGGAAGGCCUGAAAAUAGCGGGCUUUCUCCUGCAAUGGAUCUCUUGGUGGAAGCGAAAAAGGAAAUUGAUUCUUAUUCUAAGGGAGGUCCUAUAUCAUUUUCUGACCUUAUCCAAUAUGCAGCCCAAGCAGCUGUAAAGAAAACCUUCUUGGAUUCUGCUAUUAGGAAAUGUGGUGGAAAUGAAGAGAAAGGAAGAUUAUUGUAUUCAGCAUAUGGCUCAAACGGUCAGUGGGGCUUAUUUGAUAGACAAUUUGGCCGAAGUGAUUCUGAAAAUCCUGAUCCAGAGGGGAGGAUCCCCCAGUGGGGCAAAGCUACAGUUCAGGAAAUGAAAAAUAAGUUCUCUGCUAUCGGAUUUGGUCCCCGCCAGUUAGCUGUGAUGUCCGCAUUCCUUGGUCCUGAUCAACUGGCAACAGAGAAACUCUUGGCAUCGGAUCCACAGGUUCUCCCCUGGGUUGAUAAAUACCAGCGAAGCCGAGAAACUGUGUCACAAACUGAUUAUGAGGUUGACCUGAUAACAACCCUCACAAAGCUAAGCUCCCUUGGCCAGGAGAUAAAUUAUGAAGCCUACACAUAUCCUGUUCAAAAACUUGAUUUUGGCAAGCUCAAACUAUGAUGAUGAACGCAUGGCAGAGAAUGCGGUUUAUUCGGCAAUUCUUUUCGAAUGUAUUAUGACAGAGUUUUCUCAACAUGAUGUUAUUUUGGCAUUCUCGUUUAUCACUCUUUGGAAAUUCAGAAAUCAGUCUAUUGUAAAUGCAACGUUUAGAUUGUUAACAAAUAUAAACUUCCAAAUGAGAUCUUGCUCCAACGUCAUUGAAGCGAUUAAAUAUAUUGGCAUUGAACACCAA